UGGCUAUAGAGAUCAGUUUGUACUCUAGAGUAGAUCUUUCUGGAACAUAAUUUACGUUUUUCUUGAAUUACGCUAUUGGUACUUGUGUAUAAAUACUAGGUCUCUUAUAAAUUUUGUUUAGUGAUCUUCUGAAAAUUUCUUGACCUCUUCAAGACUAUCAGCUAUAUAUUUUUCAUCACUAACUAUUUUCAGUAUUAUGAAAUAUUUUGGAAUACACAGCUUUUGAGUUUAUUAAUUAUUUUGACAUUGUGUGUUCGUUCUGUUAUCAAAGUUAAAUUCAUAUUUAUAUUGGAUUUAGAGGAGAUUGUUUGCAUAUAUAUAACAGCUGAAAAAAAAUGUCACUUGUAUCUAGAGAUGUGCCCAUAAGAUAUGAACCAGACUUUUGGCCAUCUUGUUAUGAAAGACAUACACCAAUCUACAGAGAUCCUAUUCCAUAUGAAAAUGGACUUUCUAGAUAUGAUGACUUUUAUAGUAUGCCAUAUGGUUUUGAAAGCAGACCAUUAAUGCGAAGCCAAAUGUGGUCAAGUUUUGAAAGAGAAAUGGCCAGAAUGAAUGAAGAAAUGAAAAGAAACUGGGCUGUUUCACGUAGAGUGGCAGACGAUAACUUUGCUAAAAUGGGAGAUAAUUUCCUUGCUCCAUCAGCAGAAAAUUGGAGGUUAAUGGAAAAUUUUCGGAUGGAUAAUCCUAUAACUGAAGAUCGUUCAGGAAGAAGAAAAUUUUAUUUGGAAUAUGACACAUCACAAUUCAAACCAGAAGAAAUAACUGUAAAAACAUCUGGCCAGCAAUUAACUGUUCAUGCAAAACACGAAGAGAAGGAUGAGAAUCGUUCAUCUAGAAAGGAAUAUUUGAGAAGCUAUCUAUUGCCCAAAGAAGUAAAUCCAGAACUUUUGACCUCUAAGCUAAGUGAAACUGGAAAAUUAACAAUUACGGCCUCUCUUCCAGCUCUGGCAUUCGAAAAUAAAGAAAGACUUAUAGCAAUUGAGCACACAAAAUAAUGCAUAUAACAGACUGUCAGUUGAAAGGAGAUUUAACAUCUUAAAACAGUUUUAAAAUCACUGAGCUUUAAAGACCAUAUAUGAAGACAUUUUAUUAACAAAGAAUUUCUGACAACUGACUUGUGAAAAUGUUUUGUCAGAACUUUUAUAUUUUACAUUAUGUAAAUAUACAUCUUUUACUGGUAUAUACUUUUCAUAGAAUUUUGUUGUUGCAGUUGUUGUUUAUUUACUUUACUAAUUGAUGAUUUUAAAUUAAAUAUUCAAUGUUGUUUCAAUUUUUUUAUCUAAUUCUUUUUUAUGGCUUAUUUUCAUUAGUUCAAACUAUUACCUUUUUUAUCCAAGUAAUGCAUUUAUUUUUGAAGUACUUGCACAAAAGUAGUUGUAUUGAGAUAUUCUUAUUAAAUUACUGUUGAAUCAUU